AUGUUAUUUUCAAUAAUAGUUUUACUCGAUGCCAUUCGGCUAAGCUUUCAAAUUGUUUAUUCGUGUAAUCUCAAAGCUACAUGCGGAUGUUCAUCAAAUCCAGUAUCAAUGAAUCGUAUCGUCGGCGGAGACAAUGCUAGUGAAGCUACGUGGGGAUGGGCUGUUUCAAUAGCCAUCAACAAUAGUAUGCUAUGUACCGGUUCAAUUUUAUCCAGUUCUUGGAUUAUCACAGCAGCACAUUGUGUAGAAGAUUAUUCAGCAUCUGAAUUUACUGUCUACGCAGGAUCAACUUUUCUAUGGUCGGGUACUCAAAAUCGUAGUGUCUCAUUGAUAGUUGCUCAUUCUAACUAUGAUCCAAUUACGUAUUCAAAUGAUAUUGCUCUCUUACGACUCUCUUCUCCGUUAAUGAAGGAUGAUUCCAAUGUGAGUCCCAUAUGUUUGCCAUCAGUUCAUUCCAGUGUAUUAACAUCUAGUGAAUUUCCAACGAGUGGAACCACAGUUAUAGCAAUUGGAUGGGGUAGACUUUCUGAAUAUGGCCAAGUCGCGAAAUAUUUACAACAAGUUACAUUAACAACUGUAGAUUAUCGAUCGUACACUUGUAAUUCGUUGAUAUCUGAUCAAAAGGUACAAUUGUGUGCCGGGGUACCUGGUGGUGGCAAAGAUACUUGUCAAGGUGAUUCAGGUGGACCACUAAUGAUGUUCACUUCAAGUAAACAAUGGGUUUUAAUUGGUAUUACAAGUUUUGGUCAAGGUUGUGCUCGACCAUCAUAUGCAGGUGUUUAUACUCGCGUAGCUGCUUUUGAAAAAUGGAUAGAUGCAAAUACCAAUGGUUCUUAUGGAUCCGUACUAUUUUCCCACGCAGAAUCAGCAAAGUCAUCAAUUGAUUAUUUAUUAUUUUUCAUAUUGCUUAUUUUACAUGCCAGUCUAGACGCCUAA